AUGAUGAAGUUACUGAUUGCUAUAUUGUCAUCAACGCUGAUUGCUUGUUCAGUUACUACAGCUACUCCAGUUGUUCCCAGUAGGACUGCAAACUUCGAGUCUAGUUCUGCAACUAUUUAUCCCGGCACUUCGACAUUUCUUGAUUUAAAUGUAAACUCGGUUAAUUGUGGUGAUUAUUCAAAAAGAAGAAAAAAGGCAGUCAAAAAAUACGCAAAAGCGAAAUAUGAUGUCGAGCUAAUACGUGAAAAAUGCAAGUUGAUAUUAACAGAAAUUGUUGAUCAAAAAACAGUGGUAAAAAAUCUGCGUGAAAGAAUCGAGUUAAUGUCGCCUGUAACUACGCCAAGUGAUGGUGGUCCAGACUAUACAGAAACUCAAUCUCUCCUUCAAAAUGAGAAUAGUGUUCUUGCAAAUCUUCAAAACCAGCAGAUAGUAUGCAAUAGAGAAUAUUAUGCUGAAUGCAAGAAGUUGCGUUUAGCCGAACGAAAACUUGCAAGAAAAUUUUUUGGUGGUUUCAGCUUCAGUCUUGGACGGGUUAGUAGUGGGCAAAUCAUAACCCUUUUAACAAAUCGGGACUUUCUGGAUUGUUUUAGUCAAUUUUACCCUGGCAUACCGAGUUCAUCAACAGAUUCCGAGGGUGCCUCUACUAGUGGAACGCAAGGUUCAUCAUCACGACCUCAUGGUCCACCACCAUCAUAUGAAGUUGUAAUGAAGAAACCUAGAUUCUAUAGAGUGACUCAAGAGGGCCCAGGUGAUCAACUUCCAUCGUAUCAAGAUGUAGUGCGCAACCCUCAAAAUUUCCCCAAGGUCUUGGAAGAUCCUGAUAUUACCCAAUCGUCAUCGAUGAGUCCAUCUAUAGUUCAUCCUACUCAAACAUCUUCCAGUGUUCCACCCAGUCAACACACAGCUUCAUCCAGUCUUACAUGGAAGGCCGAUCGUUCUUAA